GAUCCGUAAUGGAUGUGACGUCAGCCGAUGCCAAUAUAAUAUAAUGAUUAAGUGACGUCACGGGUUUCCACAGAAACGGGACGUGGUCCAGGGGGAGCGAGCAUGCGUGAAAUCUCGUUUUAGGGGCUUGCCGACGUUUUCUCGGGGAUAUAUAUACUUUCGUAAACAGCUGUGUAGAAAGCAAAACAAACGAUGCAUAUUCUUGUCAAUUUUUUUUUCUUUAAUGUGUCAAAGUAAGAGGGAAAUAGUGUAUGAGUUACCCACCCUUUAAAGAUAUGGGAUUCUGCGUCAUUUAUAACUAUUAUUAUCACUCGAGUGCUCAAAAGGCUGCAGUAUGAUAAUACGGACAGUAUGGUGCCUGAUUUGUAUUUUAUAUUCUUUUCUUGCUAUUGACGUUUAUUGCGGAGAGACAUAUCAUCGCACUAAAGCAGCCAGCGAAAAACACCACGACCUCUGGUGUCACAAGUGCGAUUCUUUUAUCGAUGGCAACAAGUGCGUCACUCUAUCUGGCAACCAUAGUUUCUUGCACCAUAAGUGCACUAGGGAGCAAAAAAAAUGCCAGGUGCGUAGGAUCUCCAUGUCCACCAGCACCGAAGAGGUCACAGGAAAACCGAAACUGUGGCUUCUGCAAAGGGAGUGUGUGGAAACUUGCGAGGGCGGUUGCAUCAUAAUCGGCGAACGUACCAAGUUGCACUCGUGCAUCACUUGUUGCGACGAUCACAAUUUUUGCAAUUCCGGAAGUGGGGGGACUUCCAGGGACUUUUUUGGGGGCACUUUGAUCCAGUUUUUGUGGAAACAGAUUUCUUUUUAUUUGACGUGAAGAGUCUUGAAGUUGCUAUUGUAUAAACGCUCAUUAAACAGAAAUGAAUGGACAUUAUUUUUAA